AUGCAAGCCUGCAAACUAAGUUUAUUUGACCAGUUCUAUUUAGUUCUUCAAAAGUUGAGGGUUGGUACCUUAAAUCAAGUAUUAGCUGAUAAUUUUAAUAUUUCCCAAACAACCGUCAGCAGGGUUUUUAUCUCCUGGAUUAAUUUUCUUUAUUUCAUGCUUGGGAGUAUUUGUAUCUGGCCAUCUCGAGCAAAAAUCGAGAAGCACAUGCCCACUUGUUUCAAGUCUCUGUACCCAGACUGCAGGGGUAUUAUUGAUGCUUCCGAGAUAAAGGUUCAGGCACCGUCAAGUUUAGUCUCAAAUAGUGAAAUGUACUCAUCGUACAAAACCCACACCACCUACAAGGGUAAUGUUGUUAUUUCACCAUCGGGAGAAAUAAUUCACAUCAGUUCUUUAUUUGACGGGUCCAUAUCAGAUAAAGAGCUGGUCAAGCAAUCUGGUCUUUUGUCAUUGCUCCAGCCUGGGGAUCAGAUUAUGGCUGAUAAGGGCUUUGUGAUACAGGAUCUACUCACACCUGUUGGUUGCAGUGUAGUGAUGCCAUCAUUUUUGAGCUGCAAACAGCAGUUUUACAAAGGUGAACUCCUAAGGAGCAAAACAUUUCACAACCUUCGGGUGCAUUUUGAAAGGGCUAUUAGGAGAGUCAAGGAGUUUCAUUUCUUUGAUAGUGUGAUCCCACUAACUAUGGCAGGCAGUAUCAACCAGAUAUGGACAGUGUCAUGUCUAAUUACAAACUUUCAGGGACCUUUAUUUUAUGAAUGA